AUGAGUGAGAACAGUGUGACAGCCACCGCGCAGUCCGUACCCCAAAAGCCCUCUCGAUAUCGUAGCAUGCGAGGUGGGACAAACGCCGAAGUCGAAAUGUCCGCACCACCUGCACCUGCGAACAGCGUUGGGGAGCAGAACCCCUCGAUCGCGAGAAGCAGAUCUCGAUAUCGUCGCAAUCGGCCAUCGUCAAAUGGAAAUAUCGUACCUCCUACUCCCGCGAUCCCAGGCCACGCGCGAACACAGCCACAGGCGCAGCGGAAUGAACUACGUGAACGUGAACGGCCUACAACCAGUCGCACUUUGUCAACACAAGAUGAGGAGGAAGCGCAUACGCGCGAGGUGGACCGACAAGGUGCGAUGGCACAAUUGACUGGGGGGGAUAACUCAGCGCAACACAUUCGGCGGCCUAAGGUGUCCACGCCACCAAAACAGGUCGCGCAACAACCCCGAUCGCAACCUGCGCCCGCGUAUCCCCCGUACAGUUCCAACUCAGGAAAUGAUGGGAAUCGCAAGUCUUUCUUUCAGAAGGUCAAACUUUCAAGAUCCAAGGACGCCAAGAAAAACGAGCCCGUCCCGAAUUACAUCGGGGUGGGCGGAACAGGAGUGGUCCCAGGAGUUGAUGCUCCUGUCAGCGCUGUUAACGCCGGGGAGCGACAUGCCCUUGUAAAAUACAGAGAUGCCACCGCGGAUCUCACUGUCACCCCGUCAACUCAAGUUCGGGACAUAUUGCUAGAUGCCACCAAACACUUAUCUCGGGACAUUGAUGCGGAUAAAUUCAUUCUCAUGGAGUCUUACUCUCAAGUUGGACUAGAGCGUCCUCUGCGCCGCUACGAACAUGUCCGGGAAGUCAUGAACUCCUGGUCACACGAUGCAGACAACCAAUUCAUUGUUAUUCCCCCCUCGAGCGUGGAUGCUCUAACUCUGCUCGAUGCUGGACAUGCCCCGAGCGGACAACCGUCCCCAGUGACUGUCCAUAUUUACCAUUCCCAGCGUCGUCGCAAGUGGGAUAAGCGAUAUGUCACCUUGCGUGCAGACGGACAAGUAACAACCUCAAAAAAGGAAAACGCCGAGGAACAGACCAAUAUCUGCCAUAUAUCCGACUAUGACAUCUACUUCCCCAGUGCUCGAGCGCUUAACAAAGAUAUCAAGCCGCCUAAGAAGCUAUGUUUCGCAAUUAAGAGCCAGCAGAAAUCAUCCAUGUUUCUGUCCACCGAAAACUUCUUGCACUUUUUCUCCACCAGCGACAAGUCUAUUGCAGAUACAUGGUACCGGGCAGUACAGAGGUGGAGAAGUUGGUAUCUUGUCAAUAAGAAGGGAGCAUGCCAGAAUCUAGAGACCGAGACACUCGUGAAGCGCGCUGGGACGAAGAAAUCGACUCAUCAGCCGAGAAACGUGCAUAAUGAAGUGCCACUCCUAGAACGUGAGACUUCAGCGGAAUCUCCAAAACCUGAAAGCUCUGACCAACGGAGACCGGCAAGCUCCAAAGACGUCUUUUGCCGGAAGAAACCCCUUCGUGGACACGUGCCCCCUCCAUCAUCAUAUCCCCAUACCCUGACGCUCGAUACCGAUACAGAAGGGCCUUUCGCCGACACCCAGGCAUUACUCUCAGGUAUUUCGCCCGAAGAAGUAGAAACUUCUACGUUCGCACCAUCCGGACUCCUAGGCCGAACCUACACCCAGCGACAAACUGCUAUGCGGGAACGGGAUGAUCGCGAUAAGAAAGCUAAACAGGAAGCCUUUUCCGGCACUGGCUUCAUGAACGGAGGCUCUAUACACACCCCGGGCCAUGACUCAAAUCCCAACAGUCGGACCAACACAAUGACUCGUGCUCCGGACGCAUCAGCCUUCGCUCGAACCCCAUCUCUCAAUCAGAAACCUCUGGUUGACCUCACCCCAGUCUAUGCGGAACCACCGCAGCAUAGCCGUAAGGGCAAGGGUCGCGGCGUCAAAGUCCAACCAGGUAUGCAACUGAUCGAAGGUGCCACUGGUCCAGAUCAGACACCUGGGGGAAUCUCCAUCCCGCCCGCGACUUCGUGGCGACGGCCGGGUGCGGACACUACACCUCAGCGGCGAAACACCACCCGCAGCGUGCGCCAUCACUCAAACAAGUACGCAGUCCCGGCUUCUGCUGAAGAGAGCCCGGCACUCCCCGCCGGCAAGUUCACCGCCAACAGCCUGCUGGCACAUUCGGCCAGCACGGCUAGUCAUCGGAAUCCGCGUACCGGACAUGGCGUCGCAACGGGUGACCGCAAUGCCACACGGCCGUUGCUGGACAUGUCCCCGGAAAACCCCUUUGCAGAUGGUAGUCUGCUUAGGCAGCUGUAG